UCAGAGCAGCAAGUGCUCCGUGGAGAGAGGCUGUUGCUCACCCGUGGAGGUGAACAGACGCGCUUGCUGCUUAUUCAGUAAAAAAGCCAAGUCUGGAUAUGCAGUUCUCUAAUUGGAGUGAAAGAUGGUUUUGUUCAUUCUAAACAGCUAUGCUAGAUAGCUUCAAGCUGAGAAGUGCCUGCAAUUUGCCACUUAUUUAUAAUAAGAAAAUCCAUACUGUGGGAACCAGUAAUGCAGAUGUCCCUUUGGCUGAUCCCGGAAUGUACCAGUUGGAUAUUACAUUAAAAAGGGGUCAAAGUUUAGCUGCCCGAGACCGAGGAGGGACAAGUGAUCCAUACGUGAAGUUUAAAAUUGGAAGAAAAGAAGUUUUUAGAAGUAAAAUAAUACACAAGAACCUCAAUCCUGUGUGGGAGGAGAAAGCUUGCAUUCUUGUCGAUCAUCUUCGAGAACCAUUAUAUAUAAAGGUUUUUGACUAUGAUUUUGGACUGCAGGAUGAUUUUAUGGGCUCAGCCUUUCUGGAUCUCACACAGCUGGAGUUAAACAGGCCGACAGAUGUGACCCUAACUCUGAAAGAUCCCCACUACCCUGACCAUGACCUCGGAAUCAUUUUGCUCUCAGUCAUCCUCACCCCCAAAGAAGGAGAACCCAGGGAUGUGCAGAGUUCAGUCCACAGCUUUCUUCAUUGGAGAAUUUGUGAAAUAAAAACAAUGCUAAUGAGGAAGAGUUGGAAAAGAUCAAGUAAGGAACUCUCAGAAAAUGAAGUGGUUGGAUCUUAUUUCUCUGUGAAGUCUUUCUUUUGGAGGACGUGUGCCAGGCCUGCUCUUCCUGUCCUGGGUUUCUGCAGAGCAGCGCUUCAGAGUCCUUAUUGCCAAAAUUCACAAUUUCAGAGCCAAAGUUUGCGUCUGUCAGACCAGCACAGAAAAUCACAUCUGUGGAGAGGGAUAGUCAGCAUCACCUUGAUCGAAGGGCGAGACCUCAAAGCAAUGGAUUCCAAUGGGUUGAGCGAUCCCUACGUGAAGUUCCGGCUUGGGCAUCAGAAGUACAAGAGCAAGAUUAUGCCAAAAACUCUGAACCCUCAAUGGAGGGAACAAUUUGAUUUUCAUCUCUUUGAAGAAAGAGGAGGGAUCAUUGACAUUACUACCUGGGACAAAGAUGCCGGGAAAAGAGAUGAUUUUAUUGGCAGGUGCCAGGUCGACCUGUCGGCUCUCAGUAGGGAACAGACACACAAGUUGGAGCUGCAGCUGGAAGAGGGUGCGGGGCACCUGGUGCUGCUCGUCACGCUGACAGCCUCGGCCACGGUCAGCGUCUCUGACCUCUCCGCCACCUCCCUGGAGGACCGGAAGGAGAGGGAGGAGAUCCUGAAGAGAUACAGCCCGCUUCGGAUAUUUCACAACCUAAAAGAUGUGGGGUUUCUCCAGGUGAAAGUCAUCAGAGCAGAAGGCUUGAUGGCUGCAGACGUCACAGGUAAAAGUGACCCAUUUUGUGUCGUAGAACUGAACAAUGAUAGGCUGCUAACACACACCGUCUACAAAAAUCUCAAUCCUGAGUGGAACAAAGUCUUCACAUUCAACAUUAAAGAUAUCCAUUCAGUUCUUGAAGUGACAGUUUACGAUGAAGAUCGGGAUCGGAGUGCUGACUUUCUGGGCAAAGUUGCUAUACCAUUGCUAUCUAUUCAAAAUGGUGAACAGAAAGCCUACGUCUUGAAAAACAAGCAGCUGACAGGGCCAACAAAGGGGGUCAUCUAUCUUGAAAUAGAUGUGAUUUUUAAUGCUGUGAAAGCCAGCUUACGAACGUUAAUACCCAAAGAACAGAAGUACAUUGAAGAGGAAAACAGACUCUCUAAACAGCUGCUGCUAAGAAAUUUUAUCAGAAUGAAACGUUGUGUCAUGGUGCUUGUAAAUGCUGCAUACUACGUUAAUAGUUGCUUUGAUUGGGAUUCACCCCCAAGGAGCCUUGCUGCUUUUGUGCUCUUUCUCUUUGUAGUAUGGAACUUUGAGCUCUACAUGAUACCCCUGGUUUUGUUGUUGCUAUUGACAUGGAACUACUUCUUGAUAAUAUCAGGGAAAGAUAACAGGCAACGUGAUACAGUAGUGGAGGACAUGCUAGAGGACGAGGAAGAAGGAGAUGACAAAGAUGACAAGGACAGUGAAAAAAAGGGAUUUAUCAAUAAAAUCUAUGCCAUCCAGGAGGUGUGUGUCAGUGUCCAGAACAUCCUAGACGAAGUGGCUUCCUUUGGCGAAAGGAUAAAGAAUACUUUCAACUGGACUGUCCCCUUCCUGAGCUGGCUGGCCAUUGUGGCUCUCUGCGUGUUCACACUCAUCCUGUACUUCAUUCCACUGAGGUACAUUGUCCUUGUCUGGGGCAUCAAUAAAUUUACAAAAAAGCUUCGGAGUCCAUAUGCAAUUGAUAACAAUGAACUACUUGACUUCCUUUCCAGAGUCCCUUCAGAUGUACAAGUGGUGCAAUACCAAGAACUGAAACCAGAUCCUUCUCACAGCCCCUAUAAAAGGAAGAAAAACAAUCUUGGCUAGCCAGCUCCCAGCACGGAGGGGACCCGCAUCUGUUUGGGAAGAUAAAAGAAAAAGCCUUCAGCUUUGGCAGCAUUUCCUUUCUCUCUGCUUUUUAUUUAUUUUGCCUUUUUUAAAUCAUGAUUGGGAGACGUUGUAAAUAGUGUACAAAGGCAUACGUCUUUGAAAAUAUACUUCUGUUGUACAGACUCAACUUGAUAAAGGUUGAGCUACUGCCCUGUGAAAGCCUUGUUAGCUGGGAUAAUAAUGCUGAAAGACAAAAUGUGGGGGGCAAUAGCACUGGAGGACAUACACUUCUCUAAUUACAAGUGGAAGGACCAGAAUAUUAAAUGCUCAAAUGAGCUCUGAGUAAAUCUACAUAAAAUGUAAAUGUCCAUUUUGAUUUUAAAGUUUUUUUAAAUGUGACUAUUUUUUAUCUGAAAAGUAACCCAUUGCAGUUUUCUAUGUUUUAUACAUUUCAAAAGGGGAAAAAAAUCUCAAAGCCCAAAUAAUGAAAAGGAUUCAUUUCAAUUUAACAAAGAUAUGAACCUCUCUCCCAUGCAGAUUAAUUAGCUAGGAGAAAGCUGACUUUUAGCAAAUAAGUACAGGUACAUUCAUCCCUUCACAAUAACCUGAGGUCCUGGAGACAAAGCUUACAGACCUUCUAUCAUUCCAUCCCAAACCUUAAGAUGUCUCCAGGACUAUAUGACGUAAAUACUGCCAGGUUUAUAAAAUGAUUGCUUAUCUGAAUUUUUAUAUCUGCCACUACUUUAAUAUAUAUGGAAUUAUCAAAUUAGCAGCCCAAUUCAGUUAUCAAAAAUACGAGUGAAAAAAACCCCACAUUGCUUCUGAUAUCAAAUUAUUCCUUUGUGCAUCGAAAAAUAUUUCUUACUCAAGUGUUCUACGGGGGUGGGACUUGCUUUCUCAUUAGGUUGCUGAAGUGCUUUGAUGCAUCCCACAAUUCUUGUUGUUAGUGUGAAUUUUAUGUAGAAGACAAUGCGGUGUGCUGCGUAAAGUGCCAGUGUUUCACUACAUUCAUUUAUGGGAAAGUUCUUGAUAAUAGGAAUGCAUGAAAACCUGUUAUGUAAAAUAAACUGUGUACGGGGGGUGCCUUUAAAAGGGUGUCAUUGCUUACCAUAAAUUCUGUACUUAAAACCUGCAUUCGCCAGACUUUUACAGCAGCUUUUGUACCUAAGUCCCUGGCACACAGAGGGAACAUACCUCUGAUUUGGUGAGCAAGAAUGUCUUAAUUCUCUGACUCUGUAGGGGAUUAAACAUGGAGGAAACCGCUGCAGACAAUGUUUUUGCACUACUUUGUUAAUAAUAGACUGAGAUGGAGUAAGGGCGGAGGUAAGGCAGGAAAACAGAGAAGCAGGAAACAGGAAAUAUAUAUUUCACUCUAAAGGAGGAUUCUUUAAAUAUAAUCCCAUUAAAGCUGAUUUUUAAAGUAUUUUUAUUUUGGAGAUAUGUUGUUAAAUACUAUUUCUUAUAAUAGAACUAUUUUGAUCUGUUUAUAUACUAUGCUUGGAAGAAUGUCAAUGAAACUCCCUUUCUACAGAAAGGCUUUGACCUUAAUAUACUCUAUUUAGUGCAUCAUGUGUAAGACGACAUCUGCAUACCAUCACUGUUUGUUGCUGAAACAUAUUACUUCAUGAAGAAGUUGAUGUUAUACAGUUAUACUGAUAAUUUGUUUCAAGUAACUUUUGAUUAUGCCUUGUGUGAGAUUUCUGUUCUGUGCUUGACACUGUCUUCUCAGACGUCUUUGAGCCUGAUAUUCUACAACCUCAGAUGUAUCUAGUGGCUAGUAACCAUUAACAGAUGACUACUUUGUUUGCUUCAUUGUACCGUUUCAGAUGUUUCGUUCAAUGGCAAUGCUGACUACACAUUCACUACAUUAAAUAUUGAAGAAAAUCACCUUUUCUAUGUAUAAUCAGUACUCCUUUCCUCCUUCCUUUCAGUUGCUGUGGUUGAGAGACAAGUGAUGGGAGAAUGUGUCCAUAUUCUUAUAACUGACAUUUCAAAUUAGGUAUUUGAACAAACAGGGCUUUUCAUGAAAUGUUGACUGUCGUAUAAAACUCGAUACCUUUGGAGGGAUGGGAUCCAGUGAAGCUGAGAGACUGGUAAGCCAUAGCUUGAGGCAUGAAAAUGAUACGCUAUGCCGGCUAAUCAUCAUUGCUUUUAGAAAGUACUGUAUUCACAGGCUGAGGCAGACUAUGUCGAGUAGACUUUUUAACUAUUUCUUUCCCUUUCUCACAUAGGUGUCCUUUUGUCUUAAGUAAGAGUGGCCUGAUUUGUCUUGUUUUGAGAUUUCUGAUGCUAUAUCACAGUAUGUUAAAAGACGGGAUGCCAACCUAAAAUCUAUUGGGAUUGCUAAAUAUAGUAUUGUGAACUGCCAAAAUGGUUUCCUUUUAGUAAAUUCAUUGAGUCAUUACCUAUAUUUGCACUUCAAAUUAUCAUCUUUA